AUCUUUGCGCCCUUUGAUCUCGUGGCGCUUCAGGAAGUGCGCGAUACGCUCGUGCUCAAGAAGCUGCGCGCGCUGCUGCGGGGUUGGGACUACGUGGUCUCGGGCCGCGUCGGCGGUGCUGACCGUGGCGAGUACUUUGCCUUCUUCUACCGAAAAGCCAAGUGGCAUCGCCCGACGGUGCAGCACUUGCCCGAGGCCCACGACGGCCUUGACGCGUUGCAUCGCCGCCCGUUUGUCGUGCAGGCCAACUCCGUGUGCAGCCGCCUGGCCAUGACACUGGUCAAUGUCCACAUCGUCUUUGGUCGCGAGGCCGGACGCCGCAAGCGCGAGGUUGACGGACUCGUAGCGCUCGCGGCCACGCUUCCGGGCCACGUGGUGUUGCUCGGCGACUUCAACUUGCCGCCGUUCGACCUCGGCCUCUCGCAGGCGCGCUGGCUGCCACUGAUCAACGCGCCGCUGACGACCACGAUCGGAAACAACCUGUACGACAACAUUUGGGUGCGCGGCACCGAGGACAUCAUUUUCGGCGACUUUGCCCUUUGCGCGGGCGUGGAUCGCGUGGACCAGCGGUACUUUCCAGCGACCAAGCAGCGCGCGAAAGAGGCUCGGCUGCAGUGCUGCAGCGUCCUCUCGGACCACUGCCCCGUGUACAUGGCGCUCUACGCGCCUCUCGAGUUGCUUGGCACUGAGAUCCCACAGGAUGAGCAUCACACUGUAGUAUGA